CGACGGACGGCGGCGGGCGGACGGCGGACGUCAGGCGGCGAGUUUUCGGUGCGCGAAGAAGGAGCGAACGCGCCGGGCAUCGCUCGCUUCGGUCGCGUCAGAUCGGCUGACGCCAGUUUUCGGUCCGCGAAAUAUUGUCCGCCGGUCGCGAGGGACGAUCCGAACGGUGAAAAUACGUCGCGCGUCCGCGACGGGAUAUCUGUUUAUAUCAGCGAUCGCGAGACCGCGGGUGGCAUCCGCCGCGCGCGCGCGCGCGCGCGCGUCCAAAAAUAGAACGGUGGCGGCCGGCGGUGGCGGCGCCCGCCGCCUCGACGAGAGGAAUUCCUUGCCCGCGAACGAGAGGCGAAAGGGGAGGAUCGCUCUCCCGGAAUUCUGGAGACGGGACGCGCCGAUGUACACGAGGCCGGAGCGCGUGACGCGGCAACGUGCCGCGAUAGGCUCCCGUUCACCCCCCUCGUUCACCCUCUCGCUCUCCCCGUCGCUUUCGGGAACGUCGUGAAUUCUCCCGAACGCUUCUCGCGACCGUCCGGAUCUUGUCGUCGACCCGCGUUCCGCGCACCGUCGCGUCGACGCGCGCUGGACCACCCGAUCGAAUGUCCGAUCUCGCGACCGGCGCCAGUCCGUCCUCCCAGCAGCCGGUUCGGGGAAUAGGGUCAGUUGGGGUUGCGACAGCGAGCGUUUUCGCGCGAGAGACCGACCCGCGCGAUAUUCCCAGUCGUCUGUCCGCGACGAUGCUCCGAGAUUUAUCGCGCGCGCGGCACGCGUCGUCGCGCGUCGCAGGAUAGACGCGCGGGAGAGAAAGAGAAGAGAGAGCAUCCACACGGGUCCUCGGCGGGGCGCGCCGCAAAUUGACACAUUCGGCGGUUCGCGGGAGGCAAGGUCGGACAAAUGAGGCGUCGCGUGGUGGCGAGCGACGACGGCGCGAGGCGAUCACCGGCAGGGACACCGAUGACCGUACGUUGCUGCGAGACGGCCCCUGCGCGCGGGCCCCAGUGAGAAGAUGUCGCAGACCGCGGAUGCCGAAAGCGAGACGGGCUCCAUUUGCGACGAGGAACGCGUCCGGAAGCUGUUCCAGGCAUGCGACGGCGACGGCGACGGCUACAUCGACAGCCAGGACCUAUUGACGGUGUGCCGGGAAUUGAACCUCGAGAAUUCGGUGGAGGAAUUGAUGAGGGAAUUGGGCGCGGACGAGCAGGGUCGCAUUUCCUAUCAAGAGUUCCUUAGGCGGCGUCUGGCCCUGCGACCGGAAAUCGAGGCGCUCCGGGCCGGCAAACGGCGGAGCAGUCCCCAUCACACCCACACGCCGGAGUACCUGCCCACUAGCAGCGACAACAGUCUCGGCACUGUGUCGGGACGACAUGAAAGUUGGGAGUUCGACAGCGGUGCCCGUGAUUUGUCGCCGGAACCUCAUAGUCUUCAGAAGCUAGUGGAGGCGGCCGCCGGCGGAACAGGAAAUAUGCUGGACCUCGCGAAUAAGCUUCACGCGGCCGCGCUCUCCUCCCUGCGAUCCGAGGUGGCCGAGCUGAAUUCGCGGCUGGUGGCGGCUACUCGCGCGCGGGAGACGACCGAGGCCGCGCUGAUGCGGGCGGAGGUCCAGGCGGCCCGCGCCGAGCAGCGGGCGGAACAGCAGGCGGCGCGGCACGAGGAGCGGCUCACCGAGUUGCAUUCCGUCAUCGCCGAGCUCGGCAGACAGCUGGAGCGGCAUCGCGCCACCGUAAUUGCCGAGGAGGACGAGUCCGAAGUCGAGACGAGCAGGGACGCCGAGGGUUCCAUCACCAACCCGGUAGAGGAGAGCGAGGGCGGUGGGGACAACCAUGGAGAUGGCGAUCGUACCCUGGGGGACGCCGAUUCCAGCUGCUGCGAAGACGAGAAUCGACCGGCAGAGAAUGGUAGGGACAGUCCGGCCGCGUUACCGACUCCCGAGCCAACGCAGCAAGCGGCAUCGUGCCAGAGCGUUGCCGUCGCGACGCUGCAGGAAGAGAUCACGGCGUUACGGGCGGAGAUCACGAGUCUGCAGGCACAACUUGUUCAUUUCAAAAGCCAGAGGCAAACGGCGAGCAGCGAUUCGCCACGUCGAGAACUCAGAACAAGAGGCAACACCAGCUCGCCGGAACCUUUGACGGCACCGUGCUCGCCACUCUUGCCACCGCUACAGACACCUCCGACAAAGAGCGUAACGAGGGAGGAGCCGCCGGUUCUUAAAAUGGCAGAGAGGGUGAGAUUGAGGAGGACGGAUGAGAGGCACAUUACCGGCCCGGACAUCACUAAUCUUGGGGUGUGCUCCACGAUGGUCGCCGAGCACCUCGUGUCGGAUCUCUUGGAGCAAUCCAACCUGCAGGAAUUGAAUGGCUCCGAAAAGCAAUUCGAGGUCGAGACGGAACGGUUGAACAGCAGACUCGAGCACGCGCGGGCGAACAACGCGGUCCUCGCGCUCACGUUGCACGAGAGCAAGGCGCAAUGCGAUAGGUUAAGCUUAUUAGUCGGCAAGUACGAGUCGAAUGCGACGGCGUUGCGACUCGCACUUUCGUACAGCGAUCGCGCGAUCGAGGCCUACGAUGUUCUAGUCGCUCUGCUGGAGAGCGAAAUUGCGCUCUCCACCGAGAGAAAUAGCGUGACAAUCGAUAAUAGAAGGGCAGCCGAAAACGUUGCGUAUCACGUCCUAAAUAGACUCGAGAACGACUGUACUAAUACGCUAGGCGCUCCGUGGGAGGACAGCAUGGUCUUGUCAGACGAAUCGGAAAUAACGUGGAGCGUGGAGGACGAACAGCGACUCAGGAGACACAUCGGCAGGCUGAAGGGAGAACGUACAAUGGUCAGAUCGACGGCGGUCGAGCUGGAGAGCGUGCACGCGGAACCCUUGAACUCAAAGAACACCAUCUCUCUGGCGGAGGCCAGGAAACUCGACUUGGAGACUGCCGUACUCAUGCAGGAAUUAAUGGCCAUGCGAGAAGACAAGGCCGAGUUACGCGCCAGAGUGUUUCUUCUGGAGAAGGAACGCGCUACGAUAGAAUUGAAGUUGAACGCACGUGACACGCAGAUCGCGGCGCAACACGCCACCAUACAGCAUCUUCAGGGCCAGCUGAGCGACGCGGAAGCUAUGCUUGCGAUGGCGACAAACAAGGACCGAGGUUUAAGCGACAACGAGAGUGAGGGAAUGGAAUCUGAAUUAAUCGAGGCGCUGGGCAGGGAGGCAAGACUGAAGGAACGUUUGCAGGAAUUGAUCUCAACCUUGGACGAAGUCAAUAAGAAUUCCGAACUCAGGCAUCAGCAGUCCGCCGAGCUCGUCAACGACUUGAAAAGAGCUAACGGAGCGCUGGUUCAAACUCUGGAAAAGUCCAAGAAGAAAUAUCAGUCCAGGCUAAAGAAGCUGGAGCAACAGAUGCUGGGAAUGGUAGAGAGACACGCCGCGCAGGUGAAAGCAUUGAAGCAACGAAUAGCUUUACUGGAGGAGGAGUCGAUGGGCUAUAAGGGAAGCAUGGCACUGCAGUCUCAAAGUUCUGGCGCCAGCGAAACGUCCUUAUGACAGUUGAGUGAUUAAACGGUAAAAAUGACACACGGUGCAAGCUUAAUAAUUCAAUAAUUACUUUUAAUGUUUAUCCUGUCAUCACGAGGAAAUUAUGAUUCAACGCAAAAUGGAGAGAUCGAAACUCUUUCUCUCACUCACUCACUCACUCACACACACACACACACACACACACACACACACAUGUACCCACACACACAUGUACCCACACACACAUGAUUAAACGCAAAAAGGAGAUUGAAACUUUCUCACACACACAUAAACACAUAUACACAUACAUACACAUAUUUUUUUACACUGAAUAGUCGAAAGUAAAGACGCUUAGCUGUUUGCUUUGUAAUUAUAUCAAGGUAUAUAUUGCUCCUAACGAGAAUAAAAAAAGAAACGAUUCAGCUAGGCCUACGCAAUGUGUGCAAUUGUAUCGAUACACGAACGCAAAAGCAGCCUAUAUAAAACAGACCCUUCAGCACGUCAUAAGUCAUAAAUUACAAAAAAUUAAUUCAGUAGUGUAUCGCGCUAUCGAUAACCGCCGUGUACAUAUGUAUAUUGUAAAAGCAUAAACCACAAGUGUGAUACGUGUAAACUAUAAUGAAAUAAACUGUGCUUUAUUAUA